GUUUAGUCACGCCAUCACAUUGCUGAAUCAGGUCUCCACGCGACGAAUGUAGGCUGGACUGGUGUCUGUUCCAGGACAUGUUUCGACAGCCAUCUCCAGCUCAAGUUGCGCGGGAUUGAGGCAAGUGCUGUGCUCGCACGCGGAGUCUCUCUUUCCGCGCACCUCAGCUUAUCUCCCCCAAGACUGGCUCCACCGCGCUUCGGACGUUGUCUUCUCUACUCGUGGACCAAUCCAAUGGAUAGCUAUCAUGCCUCCACCACCCGUUUCCUUCCACACCAAAGGCAAGCGAAUGGUGUACAAUGAAAGCUACAUCGUCGUCGACCAAGCUUACGUGCAAUACAUGCCCCCAGUUUCGGUCGGGAAUAAAGAAUACUCCCCUGCUGAUUUGCCUAUCCUCUUCAUCCACGGCGGAGGACUGACCGGCGCGAUGUGGGAAGCCACUCCCGAUCGUCGACCUGGAUGGGCUGUCCUUGCUAGUCGGCCCCCUUACACCCGAUCAGUGUACUGCAUCGAUGCCGUCGACAGUGGACGCAGCCAACGCUGUCCAGACGACUUACGCUCGGCACCCGUCGAAUACCGCACUGCGAAGCAGAUGCACGAGCGCUUCCGCCUGGCUCCGUCGGAGAACAAAAGUACCGACGACCAGGAAUAUCAAUUCCCACUUGAGCACCUGGAUGCCUUGAUAGCUACGCAGAGCGCCCGAAGACGAGGACAGGAGCAAUAUAGCGCCGAAGCGAAAGGCAUCCAGGAUGCCAUCUCGGAGAUUGGCGAGUGUGAUAUCAUCGCGCACAGCAACGGCUGCUCUACUUGCAUUUCUGCCCUGCUCGAUCCCAACACCACGUCGAAAGUCAGGCGUCUUGUCUUGGUUGAGCCGGCUUGGGCUUUGACGGAUUCUACGGACCACUUGAAGGAUGUCACCACUUUGCUUGUUUGGGGCGAUCAUCUGGCUGGCCAUGAAAUGUGGGAACCCAUUGUGGAGUAUUACCGGGACCUGGAAGGGGAUGUGACGGUAUACGAUCUACCCAAGAUGGGAAUCAGGGGCAACUCUCACUUCCCUAUGCACGAUCGGAAUAGUGAUGAGGUGGGUCAUUUGAUUUUGAAAUGGCUACAGAAAGCCUGAAAUAAACCACUACUUGGACUGCUCCGAAGCAAAAUCCCUCACCGCCACACCGUUCGCCGCAAGAAGUGCAAUGAGUUCGGUGAGCUUCAAGUUGAGCUCCUCAAACGCGCACACCAUCCUGUCAAGCACUUUCCCCUGCCUUGACCACAUGUUCACCACAGCAUUGGCUUC